AUGGCGACGGCCUCUUCAUCAAAAGCGAGCUCCUCGAAGCGCAAGGCCAUCCCUACCACCGCCGGCAAAACGAAAAAGUCCAAACCUGCCCCGACGAGCAACGACGAUGCCUCCAUCCCACUCGGUCGGGCGCUCGCCUCCACCGAGAAGCGCAUCCGCGAUUCAGCCGUCCGCUCGCUCCGCACGUACCUCUCCACCAACGGUGCGCACACCAUCCCGACUCUGGAGCUGCAGAAGCUCUGGAAGGGACUCUUCUACUGUUUCUGGAUGAGCGAUAAGCCUUUGAUCCAGCAAAGGCUCGCCGAUGAUUUGGCGAGUCUCGUUCUUGUUCACCCCUCUUCAUCUACCAACCGGAGCGAGGCGGGGUUGGCGUUCCUAGAGGGCUUCUGGGAUACGAUCACCGCCGAGUGGGGGGGAUUGGACAAGCAUCGGGUGGACAAAUUCUACCUGCUCGUCCGCCGAUUUGUUGCAUCCGGAUUUCAAUUGCUUGCGGAAGAAAAGUGGCCACCGGUCGCAGUGAAGACCUUCCAAGGGAUACUGGGCAAGUUCGACGGCGUGUUAAGCACCAACAACCCCAAAACACCGGAUAGCCUGACAUACCAUUUGUCGGAUAUGUACCUCGACGAACUGGAAAAGGUGGUCGAAAAAGUGCACGAUCAGGAGAACGAACAGGCAGAAGAGACGGAGGAAGGAGAGGAGGAGGAGUUGGUGCUGGUGCCGACGUUGGAGCUAUUGAUGCCGUUUGUGGAUGCAUUGGCGACGGCGAAGAGCAAGGCGAUGUACGAGAGGAUUUGGGCGAACGUGUUCCAGCCGUUGCUGGAGGAUACGCUGCGUGCGUCGGCGAGGGAUGAUGAGGCGUCGCUGUCGGAUGACGAGGAGGAGGCGUCACUCGAUGACGAUAAGGAUGAGGACGUGGAGGAGGACGAAGGGGAGGACUUGGAGGAGGGCGAAGACGAAGAGGAGGGAGGAGACGAGACGACCAACGGUACAGAAUUCCACUCUUUCGCCGACGAAUCCGGUCUUCCUGCCAACGACGACGAGUCUGAACGCUCCCUCCCUUCCGAUUCCGAAGAGGACGACGAGGAGGACGACGCGGAAGACGACGUCCGCUUCCCGCUCCUGCUCGCCCUCUCCUCCGUCCCCACUCCCACGACUGCCAACGACGACGAAGAGCCCGACGCUAGCAGCAUCGACGUCGCCCUCGUGCUGCGCAAGAGCAUCUUCCAGGCGCUCUUCACCGCCGCCUCGCGCAAGGACGCCACCGAGGCGAGGAGGAGGCUCCUCUACCAGCUGUGGCGCGACGAGCAGGAUCGGCUCAACGAUCAGGCCGAGAGCUCCUCCUCCUCCUCCUCCUCCUCCUCCGACGACGACGAGUAA